AUGGAGGACCGCACGCCCACCGCAUCCAAGGCCAGGGCGACACCAGACACGUCCCGCCAGGGUAGCACACACGCCGCCACCACGACGCCCUCCAACGACACGCCCACGCCGAGCGCGACGCCCGCCGAAUCUGCGCGCAGGCGGCAACAGGCUGCCAUGCAACCCUCAAGCUAUGGUUCCAUCACGUCUGCCCUCGACCGCCGCCAGCAGAACCCGCCCUCGUCCGAAGGCUCCACCAAGCCCAAGAAGCCGUCCAUGACCCGCCGCGCAACCUCGUCCAAGUGGCCGCAAAAGGGCCAGGAGUUCAGCGUCGACGAUGCCGAGGACGAGGUGGAGCUCGACCAGGCCCAGCAGGACCUGCAGAAGAAGCAGCAGCGACAGACGCUGCGCCGCAAAUCAUCGACCGUUCGACGCAGAGCCGCUGCCCAGCCCGCAGCGCUUACCCGCAUCGACUCGACCGAAGACGACGAAAUCGAACAAGAGAGCGCGGGUCCGCCCACAGGAACCGAUGCAGAUGCGGCGCCGGGCUCGUCGGGUGAGGAGACGGUGCAGGCAGAAGACGAGAGUGCAGGCGCCGACGAUCUGAGUGACGCCGAGAGCUUCACCCUACGCGACCGCCAGGACGCAAUCAACGUGACGCAUCCCUUUGGUAUCAGGAUAUGGAAGCCCGCCCUCUACAAGAAGGGACGCUCGGUCCAGCGCAACGCAGAGGCCGACAUACACUCAUCGCCCGGCCUCUAUGUGAGCAAAUGGCUGCUCCUCUUCAACCUCGUCUGGACACUCGUCUUUGGCUGGUGGCUGGCUGCCGUGGCUGCCAUUGGGGGCUUGCUAUGCGCUCUGCUUGGCUUCAACAAGAGCUGCAAAGAGUACUCGCGCCUCCUCUUCCACCUCGCCGGCUACCUGUUCUACCCCUUUGGCAAGUACGUGAAGCUCAUGCAGGACGAGGCCUACUUGGACGAAGACGAAGGUGAGGGUCGCAGCAUCAGUGAAUACGAGCAAUGGCAGAGCGGGGACAUUGAAGAAGGACGUUUGUUCUUCGGUCCUACUAAUGGCGGCGAAAGCUCGCUAGUCGGCCGCAGACGCAACAGUGUUGAUUCGACCGGCGACGAGACCACGAGUCUGCUCGGAAGACAUGGCCGCGCCAACGUGAACCAUACGGACACUGCCAACACCAAGAGGAGGCUUUUUGGUCGUGGCAAGUGGACGCUUGGCCGAGUGGUAUUUUUCCUCUUUUUCUACGGCUUGCUAACACCCUCGCUCCUGUUUGUUUCGACUCUUUGUUGGUUUCUUGUCUUCACGAUCCCUAUGGGCAAGACGACAUUGCUCUUGUUGGAUCACUUGCGCCGUCACCCCCUAGCUCUCUCGUUCCACUCGGACAAUGGCAAUGUGCGCCGCCCCGGAGAGUCGUCGUCUAUCCUACUCUGCACAUACCGUGCAGUCGGCAUCAAGUACUGGAAGUACACGAUUGAUGGCACAAACAUCUUUCUCAUCAAUCUCCUCGGCCUGGUGGCGUUUACCAUUUUUGACUACUUUGUCUUGGCUGAGAAGUUGGAGCUCAAAUUCUGGCUCACGGAUCAGUUUCUGCUCUUCACGCUUGCACUGUUGUCCAUUAUCCCCCUGGCAUACUUUAUUGGCCAAGCAGUAGCCUCCAUCUCGGCUCAAUCGUCCAUGGGAGUUGGCGCGACCAUCAAUGCUUUCUUCUCCACUGUCGUCGAGGUUUUCCUCUACUGCGUGGCCCUCAGCCAGGGAAAGGCGCAGCUUGUCGAGGGAAGUAUCAUUGGCAGUAUCUUUGCAGGUAUCCUAUUUCUGCCGGGCCUGUCCAUGUGUUUUGGUGCUCUGAAGCGUAAGACACAGCGGUUCAAUGUGCGCUCGGCUGGUGUGACGUCCACGAUGCUUUUGUUUGCCGUCAUUGGCGCUUUUGGGCCUACGCUGUUCUACCAGAUCUACGGAAGUCACGAGCUCAACUGUCACCAAUGUGUUUCAAACAGCCACAAUGCUCCAUUGGCACGAGAUUGCCGUAGAUGCUACUACUCGCAGACGCCAGCACUCAACGACCGGUUCUACAACGACGCCGUCAAGCCUUAUACCUGGUUCGCGGCUGCAUUGUUGUUCUUCUCGUACAUCAUCGGUCUGUUGUUCACGCUUCGAACGCAUGCUGCGACCAUAUGGACCGAGCCCGAUGCCCAAGAAAGAAAACUAUUGGAGAUGAGCGCGAGCAGCCUUAGUCAUGGUAGUCAAGCCGACUUUCCCCACUCGUCGUUUGUCAGGCAGGCUACGGGACAAUCGGUUAAUCGCGCGCAUAUUCGUGACAGCCAGUUGUACAAGCGCAUGGUGAACCAAACGUUGCAAGAGGUUGGUCUAAGACGAGAGCAGUCUACAUGGGAUGACCGACGGCCCGGGUCAGAGACUGGCAGCAAUACUCCGCACCUGGUGCCGCCCAAGGAUAACGACACACACUCGCACCACUCGUUCCACGUCGAGGGACUCACGGAUGACGCAGCCGAACUAUUGGCACGCCAGAUCACGGAGAUUGCUGCAACGACGACAGCUCUGGCGACACGUGACGUUAGCAGGGCGCCUCGUAAGACUGCGCAGCUUGCGCAUGGGUCAGCGAAGGGGCACGGCGAUCGCCCUGCUCACACGCGCAGCAACACAGAGGCAGGGCACGAGGAGCAUGAGACGGCACCUGGACAUGGCUCUGGAGGACACGACGCACCCAACUGGAGUCGUCAAAAGAGUGCGGCGAUUCUGUUGAGUGCAACGGUUGCGUACGCCAUCAUUGCGGAGAUCCUGGUCAACACGGUGGACGGGGUGCUGCAAGGAUCAGACAUUGACGAGAAGUUCCUUGGCAUCACCUUGUUUGCCUUGGUGCCCAACACGACCGAGUUCCUGAACGCCAUCUCGUUUGCGAUGAACGGCAACAUUGCGCUGUCGAUGGAGAUUGGAUCGGCCUACGCGCUGCAAGUCUGUCUUUUGCAGAUUCCGGCGCUGGUGUUUUACAGCGCGAUCCACAGCGGCUACAUCCCCGCGCACGAAGCGGCCAGCCAGACGUUUACCCUCAUCUUCCCGCAGUGGGACAUGGUGACGGUGAUUCUGUGCGUGUUCCUGCUGUCGUACAUGUACGGCGAGGGCAAGAGCAACUACUUCAAGGGGUCGAUUCUGAUCCUGUCGUAUCUGGUGGUGAUUGCCGGCUUCUAUCUUUCUGGCUUCAACGACCUGCAGCGCAUGGGGGUUGACCCCAUGGACACGCUAGCGCUUGGCGGGCUGCUUGAGCAGCAGGUGCAGUCCAUGACGUUCAGGACGGCAGGGCGGGGUGGGAGCGGUGUGGCUUACUAAGCGUGCUUUGUCAUGCUGGCGCAGUCAGGUGAGCGUCGCGAACCCUGUUCUGCACGAGACUAAAAUCGCCAUGCAGUAGUAGUAGUAGUAGUAGUAGGCCAUGUUUUGUUCGCGUUCAUUGUUUUCUUUUGUUGGUCUCUUUUUUUUUCCUAGUUGUAUGAACAGGCUGGCAGGGGUAUUGAAUGUAUGUAUGUAUACACGGCGCCCCGGCGCGGGCGUUACGGGGGUCAGUAAGUAAUGGC